UAUAUUUUACUUAACAACAAAUGUAUGAUAGAAAGAAUGGCUGAGUCAGCCGAAAGUAGGAAAGCAAAGUCAGAGUUGGGAUAGAGAAAGCCCUCAAAUAGAGCAGUUGAGUUGAGAGAUAAAAGAAGAUAACAUAACAUGAGAAUGAGAAGGAGAAGGAGAAGGUAUCCUUUUCUUUUCUUCAAAUGACAAUAGUUUGAACGCUAAGCAACCUGUGCCUCUCUCUCUCUCCCCCUCUCUGUAUCUUUUCUUCCUCCCUUUUAAGAAUCCCACUGCAAAAAAACUCUCUUCUCCAACCUUCUCCCAAAGAAAGAAGAAAAAAAAGAAACUAAGAAAAGGGUCACUCUUUUUAUCUCUUUCUCUUUCUGGGUUUGUCUCUUGUUGAACACAUAUAUAUAUAUAUAUAUAUAAUUCUUUUCCAUAAAGGUUGAACAUAUGUGGCAAAAUCAAGCUAGCAAUUCUUCUUACAGAGAGUCUUUGAAAACUCUUGAAGCAGAUAUACAGCAUGCCAAUAGCUUGGCUGCUGCUCUCCCUAGAGACUAUGAUGGGGAUUGUGUUCAGAUGAGAUUGUCUUACAGUCCUUUGGCUCCUCUUUUCUUGUAUUUGAUUGAAUGGAUGGAUUAUAGCUGCACCGAUUCACUGCCUAGUUAUUUAGGCCUUCUUCACAUACUUGUGUACAAGGUAUAUAUUGAUGGAAUGCCUUCUAUCUCCUCAAAGGAAAGGAAAGCCACUCUAAGGGAAUUUUAUGCUGUAAUAUAUCCUUCGCUUAGGCAACUUCAAAGCGAGUUUUCCGAAUUGGAAGAUUGCAAUACAAGAAACCAAUAUAAAGAAGAACACCACAGAAAGAUUUCUGAUAAAGAUCUUGAAAGAGAAGAAGAAUGUGGGAUAUGCAUGGAAAACUUUACAAAGAUGGUUUUGCCCAACUGUGGGCACUCCAUGUGCAUCUGCUGCUUCCAUGACUGGAAUGCGCGAUCAGAAUCCUGCCCAUUUUGUCGUGGCUGUCUCAAGAGAGUUAGCUCCACAGAUUUGUGGGUUCUAACUGGCAUCAACGAUGUCAUUGAUGCAGUAGCUCUUGCAAAAGAAAACCUGAGACGCUUCUAUCUCUAUAUCGAAAAUCUGAGGCCUUUUGUAGCACCAGACACACAUGUUAUGUUGUUUGAUUACAUGCUUUGAACUGUAGAGGAAGAUUGAUGCAGCAAGUUAUAGAAUGUUUACUAGUACUACCCCCUUGUAUAUAGAGUCUGGUAGUCUGAAGAAUAGUCUCUAUUUCCAUGGAUCAUGACUGGUUGGGAGUUGUUUUCUGGUAGAUGUAUAUAUUAAACCAAACAACCAGAAGACACCCAUUUCCCAACUUUUUAAUUAGGUGAUAAACAUGGAGUUAGGAGAUUACAAAAAGUCACCUUUAUAAAAAGAGCCUGUACAAAUGAAAGGAUUAUGGUCCCUAGUCUACUGCUAUAACUCUGCUGUUUCUAUGUAAAGAAAAUAUGAGAAUGUCUGGCACUCAACUCAGCUUUUUUGGAACCUGAGUGAGUAGUGCAAAUGGCAAUUGUAUGUAUCUGGGCUUUUGCUCAUUAGUUUACAAUCUAUGAUUGGAAUAAUGUAUCACUUAUAAUAUAUCUAAAAUUUGGCUCCUUGCAACAAUAAGGUUCCAUAGUUCCACCCUA